GACCUGGGAAUAACCACACAUUUUUAUGGAUUGGGAAUGAGUGAUCUUGAGAAGCCGUCAUACUGAUGGAAGAGAUUGCCGAAAGAAGUCCUGAUCCUCAGAAGUGGAGGGUCUCUUACCCAGCUGUAAGACUGGCUUGCUCGGUCAGCAUUUUACCUCCACACUUUAGAAUUUCAUACCUGCUAACUAUCCUUACAAACCAUGAACCAGUCACAACUGCUUGACUGGAGGACAUUGAAUACUAGUGGAUUUUUCCUAAACUCGUCGGAUCAUCACCCUUGUCCACUGGGUUUUGGACACUACAAUUCCGUGGACAUAUGCAUACUGGAAACUACCAUCAUUGUGCUGCUAACUUUUUUGAUAAUUACUGGGAACCUAACCGUCAUCUUUGUCUUUCAUUGUGCCCCCUUACUGCACCAUUACACGACAAGUUAUUUCAUCCAGACUAUGGCAUAUGCAGACUUGCUUGUGGGAGUCAGUUGCCUGGUUCCCACAUUAUCCCUUCUACACUACUCCACUGGAGUCCAUGAAUCUUUGACAUGUCAAGUGUUUGGCUAUAUUAUUUCUGUACUAAAAAGCGUCUCCAUGGCUUGUUUAGCGUUCAUCAGUGUGGAUCGAUACCUGGCUAUCACCAAGCCCCUUUCCUACAACCAGCUGGUAACGCCAUGUAGACUGCGCCUCUGUAUCAUCCUAAUCUGGAUUUAUUCAUGUUUGAUUUUCUUACCAUCUUUUUUUGGCUGGGGUAAGCCUGGCUACCAUGGGGACAUCUUUGAGUGGUGUGCCAUUUCUUGGCAUACCAGUGCCUACUUCACUGGCUUCAUUGUGUGCCUGCUCUAUGCUCCUGCCGCACUAGUUAUAUGUUUUACAUAUUUUCACAUCUUCCGCAUUUGUCGGCAGCACACCAAAGAAAUUAGCGACCGCCGAGCUCGCUUUCCCAGUCAUGAAGCUGAGUCAACUGGAGAAGGCGGGCCUGGUCACAGCCCUGACCGACGCUACGCAAUGGUCUUGUUCCGAAUUACCAGCGUUUUCUAUAUGCUAUGGCUCCCGUAUAUCAUAUACUUUUUAUUGGAGAGUUGGCGGGCACUAGAAAACCCUGCCUUGUCUUUCCUAACCACCUGGUUGGCCAUAAGCAAUAGUUUCUGUAACUGUGUCAUCUACAGCUUGUCCAACAGUGUUUUUCGCCUCGGUCUUCGGAGGCUGUCAGAAACUAUAUGUUCACCGUGUAUGUGUUCUAAAGACAAGAACGAACGGGAACCUAAACCUCGAAAACGUGCUAACUCCUGUUCUAUUUAAAGUCAUUGUACUGACAAUCAUAAGCUAGGAGCACACCUGCACCAGGCCCCGGGAUGCUGCUUUCGACAAAAACGUCUACAAAAUUAUUUUAGCACCUCAUUUUGGCUACAUUGUUUUGAGUUUUUGAUUUGCAUUGGAAAUGUGAACCAUUAAACUCUGAUCCAAACAGACAUGCAAAGAGCACACAAUUCUCUGCAAUUCUGUCAAAAAUGAGUCAUGCUGAAACGGGAGGGGAGCAGAGUAUCAAAGAAAAAACAAAAAGGCGUCAGAUGGGUUAAGAUUAGCUUAUUGAUGCGGAUAUACUGCCGAAAUAUCAGAUUUCGCACAAGUAGUCACUUCCUCUUUUUCACUCUUAAAAUAUAAUGUCUUCAUUGGCUGGGAGAAUAAAAAGAUUAUCAUCCAAGGCUGGUGUUAUAUAAUACAGUACUGCAACGUGAUAAACUAUUACGUAACCUGAAGGUGACCAAAUUGCUGUUUUACAAAUACUGUAUUAGUCGUUUUAUAUGUUUUAUUUUCAGGUUUAAUUUUAUCGAUGUGUGUUAUUAUUAUUAUUAUACCGGUUCAGUACAAGAAGACGAGUGGGCGUAAUGCCACCGUCACUGACUGAAUGGUUGGAGAGUUUACAAAUGCCUGUGCAAUUUGCAGGUGACCAUGAACCUUUCUGUGAUGGUAUGCGUGUUCCCACUAUCCCCAAAAUACCAGCUGCCUUGUCCUCUUAAUAGACCUUAUAAGACACGACUUAUCAACUCGUAACCGAGCUGUGUAAGAGCUGCUAUGAAUGUUUUUUAUUUAUUUAUAAUUGAUGGGUAUUAGCUAUAUCUCCAAAUUAGAUAUCUUAGCCUUUGUGUAGACAAGAAGUGUCUCCGAUAUACCUACAAGAAGUUGCGGUAGCAAGACAUUAAAUUCAUGUCAUAUAUGUAAGUAACCAUAAAUGCUUUGUGUAUUUAUUGAUCAGUCUUACUAAAGACAUGGCUCUGGUUUUCAAGUAGAGGCUUUUGCAGCCCCAGCCACCCAGAUGUUAUUGAGCCUUUUGUCAGACCGAGGCAGUGGCUCUUUCCAGAAUUAGAAGCAGUGACCUUUUUUUUUUCCCCAGAACAAUUGGUGAUUUCACCACCCAUGCAAAAAAUAGAAUCUGCUCAAUGGACUAUGUUCCUGCUAUACAUGUAUUCCGUAAUCAUUCUAUAGUUCAUCCAGCUUGCUGCUGUUUUUGAUCGUUCCUUGUGCAGUUUCACUGUACAUGUUAUAUAUUUAAUAAUAAAAAUGUUUUUU